UUAGUUCGGCUCCUGUUCACACAUACAUGCGCAUCAGGGCGCAGCGAGAGAAAGCAAUAGAGAGACAGAGAGAACGAAGGAGAAGAAGUGGAGUGUUGUCCCUACGUAGGGGCGCUGGAAUGCUCAAGAUAGGACUGUAGCUCGUUCCGGCAUCUGUGUCGGUGUGUGUGAGUCCUGAAUGUGUAUCGGUGCACAAUGGCGUUCAUCAGGAAGAAGGAGCGCUGUAAAGAGAGGUUUUCACUGCUGUUACUCGACCUGGAGGAAUAUUAUUUUGAACAGCACACUGCAUACAGGUUGAAUGCACUCCCAAACAGAAAUAUUCGAGGCUCCCUGAAGAUCUGCUCCAAAUCAGUUAUUUUUGAGCCAGAUGAGAUGAUGGAAGCCAUUUUAAAGAUCCCAUUAAAAGACUGCAGGCGGAUAGAAGCAGUAGAGCAGGAUGAAUCCAACCCUUUUAAAGAAACCAAGCCAGCAACUAUACUUAUGGAAACCAAGCAGAUUUUUCUUAUUAAAGAGAAGAAUGCUGUUGCUCCAUACAAAUAUGAAAGGGGAGAAAGAAGUGUCAUAUUCCAGCUGGAGAUCCCCGCUAAAACAGAAGAUGUCGUCCAGACAUUGCUGCAGUUACACAGAGCAUCGUGUCUGGACAAGCUGGGGGACCAGACAGCUAUGAUUGCUGCAAACUUGCAAUCCAGGUUGGCGAGAACAUCUUUUGAUAAGAACAGCUUUCGGAGUGUGUCUGAGCAGCCACAUAUGGAGUGUAAAGCUGAGAUGGUGACCCCUUUAGUGACCAACCCUGGCCACGUCUGCAUCACGAACAACAACCUGUACUUCCAGCCCCUUAAUGGUUACCCUGAUUCAGUGGUGUACAUUGAGCUCCAUACCGUCCAACGCAUCUACAAAAGAAGACAUGGCCUGAGACCGCUGGGGCUGGAGGUGUUCUGUACAGAGAAUGAUCUGUGUUCAGAUAUCUACUUAAAGUUCUACAAUACUGAAGACAGGGAUGAGCUUUACUACUACAUUGGCACUGUUUUAGAGAACCACGUAGCAGAGCACACAGCAGAGAGUUACAUGCUGCAGUGGCAGAGAGGCCACAUCUCCAACUACCAGUACCUGCUGCACCUGAACAACCUGGCAGACCGCAGUGUUAAUGAUCUCUCGCAGUAUCCUGUGUUUCCUUGGGUCCUCAGUGACUACACAAGCCCACAACUGGAUCUGUUGAACCCUGCCUCUUUUCGGGACCUCAGUAAACCUGUUGGAGCUUUAAACAGAGAGAGACUGGAAAGGCUACUGGAGCGUUACAGGGACAUGCCAGAACCUCGUUUCAUGUAUGGUAGUCAUUACUCCUCUCCGGGAUACGUCCUCUUCUACCUUGUGAGAGUGGCUCCAGAGCACAUGCUGUGUUUGCAGAACGGUCGUUAUGACCAUGCAGACCGAAUGUUUAACAGUAUUGGAGAUACCUGGAAGAACUGCUUAGACGGAGGCACUGACUUUAAAGAGUUGAUUCCUGAGUUCUAUGGGACCGAUUCCAGUUUUCUGAAGAACAUACUGGGAUUAAAUCUGGGUCGGAGGCAGGGUGGUGGGCGAGUAGGAGAUGUGGAACUUCCUUCCUGGGCCACAGAUGUGGAAGACUUUCUACAGAAGAUGCGCUGUGCGCUCGAGAGUCAGUAUGUGUCAGAGUACUUGCACGAGUGGAUCAAUUUGAUUUUCGGUUACAAACAGAGAGGGAGUGAAGCUGUUGCAGCCCACAAUGUUUUUCAUCCAUUAACUUAUGAAGGUGGCAUCGACUGUGACAGUAUCGAGGAUCCGGAUGAGAAGAUCGCGAUGCUAACGCAGAUUCUGGAGUUUGGUCAGACGCCCCGACAGCUUUUUACAAAACCUCAUCCUCAGCGCAUCACACCCCGGUUCCACAACGUCUCGGGAGGGACGAGCCUCAGCACAUCGUCCAAUGACCUCUCGCCGGGUUCUCCCAGUAUGGAGUCAUUUGAGGAUCUGACGGAGGAAAGUAAGACACUUGCCUGGAGCAACAUGAACAAACUCACACUGCAGUCCAGUCACAAGAUACACAAAGAGCCAGUGACAGGAAUUGCAGUGACUCUGAAUGGAGUGUCUGUUUUCACGACAUCUCAAGACUCUACCUUAAAGAUGUUUUCUAAGGAAAGCAACGCACUACAGAGGAGUGUUUCGUUUUCCAACAUGGCAUUGUCCUCCUGCGUGAUACUGCCUGAGGAUAAAACCGUGGUUUGUUCUUCAUGGGAUAAUAAUGUGUACUUUUAUUCAAUAGCGUACGGCAGGAGACAGGACACGCUCAUGGGUCACGAUGAUGCUGUUAGUCAGGUUUGCUGGAGAGAAGACCAGCUUUACACGGCGUCGUGGGAUUCUACUGUAAAGGUGUGGAAGUGUGUAGCUGCAGAUUUUUCCAAUAAUAAGAGGUCACAGUUUAUGCCGCUGGCGGAGUUGGAGCACGAGGCCGGGGUUAACACCAUAGCUCUAAGCCCUGCUGGAACACUAUUGGCAUCAGGCACAAAAGAGGGCACCCUCAGUGUUUGGGAUCUUGCCAGCUUUUCCCUCCUGCAUCAGCUCACCUGUCAUUCUGGAAAGAUUUACCAAGUAGCCUUCAGUCCUGACAGUCGAAACAUUUUGAGUGUGGGUGAGGAUAUGUACUUGAAGGUUACAGACGUACAGACAGGCACUGUCCUCUCCACAGUUUCUGCAGAGGAAGAACAGAGGUGUUUCUGUUGGGAUGGCAGUAUUGUAUUGUCUGGAGGUCAAUCAGGGGACCUGCUCAUCUGGGAUCUUCUAACUAGCAAGAUCACACACAGGAUCCCUGCUCACUCUGGUCCUGUUUCUUGCAUUUGGAUGAAUGAGCAGUGCAGCACUGUCAUUACAGGAGGUGAAGAUAAACAGAUCAUGUUUUGGAAACCCCAGUAUUAGGGCACGCACACACACACACACACGCACACACAUACACACACUUAAUUAACUCAGUGUGCUGGACACAAGUAUUCAGGUUGAAGCCGGAGGUAUAUUUUCACCUGCUCUAUAGACCUAUAUUGGGCAUAUCUAUAUUGACCUAUAGUGAGCAUAAAUAUGAUUCUGAGCAGAUCCUACCAUUCCUAUCUGAACAACGUUACACAAACUGAAUCAGGACUCGAAUUCGUUUUACUGAAGUUCUCAUCACAGCAAACGUUUGUGUGAUAUUUAUACCAUGCUGUCAAUGCACUUUUUUAUUAUUUUAUAUGACUGUUUUAUCACUUUCAUUUUUUUAUGAGAAAGGAAUAUGAUGCCAUGUUGAUAUAUGAGUGCAUUAUGGAGGAAGAAGGGGCUGUAUAUCUCAGAUCCAUCUGCCUUGUUUUUACAUGGCAAAAUAUGAAUAUUAGAUGUCCAUACACUGUUUAAUGGACAACGUUCAUUUGCCUGUCACAUUAUAAAGCCGAUCUAUAUCUAAAAUUCCAGUCUCACUAUCUGUCUUGAUGGCCCUAGGGGAUUCUGUGGCAAGACGUGCAUGUUUUUUCUUUGUUUUAUUUUAGUUUAAAUAAAAUGAUCGUUCGUCUUGGGUUAUAUUUAUGCUCACACCAAAUAAACAUUGCAAAAGCUGUGUAUGAUAUUUGUCCUAAAACUGACCUUUUUUUUUUUUUUUUUUUUUCAAUGAACAUGGACAGAAUUUAAAUGAAAUCUGAAGACAAUAUGGACAAAAUUUAUAUAAAUUUGUGCAUAUUAUACAGUAUAAUUUAUCUGUUAAAAUGUCAUAUGAAGGAAAAAAAAUCUAAACAAAAAUGUUAGACACUUAACUAUAUUACAAGUGCACGCAAUUCCGAAUACCUGUAGGCGUGCCGACAUCGACCACUGUUCAUGUUUUUUUUUUUUUCAGAUUAGUUUUUUUAGUGUUUUAUUUGUAUGAAAACUGGCCUUAGAGCUGCCGGAGCUUGAAUUAAGUUGAGAUUCAUUCCAAUCUGAUAUCAUUGUAAUUAUUUCCAGUUACAGUAUAUACGUCAUUAUGUCCUUUAUUUUCUUUUCCCUUUAAAUGCAGUUAAAUAGACCAGAUGAGGUUUGUUUCCCAUUCUGGAGUAAAACAUGGAGUUUGUUUUGCAUCUCACAUAUUUUUAGGUUUCCAUGUUGAUGUUGAUUCAAUUGACUUAUUUAACAAAUGUUCAUGCAACUGUUAGACCUGUACACUCAGAUGAAAGUACAUACAGUAUGUUUAAAUAUAUUAUCAUUCAGAGAAGAAGAGUAAUACAUUGCAUUUAGAAGAGUUAUGCAAUAAUGGAACUGUUUUUUGUGUGAAGAUAUGUACACAGAUAAGUACACAUGCACAUGCUGAUCUUUGUUUUAUAUUUAUAACUUAGUAAGAUUUGUAGCUAAGAGAUUUUUCAGAGCUAGAAGACCCAAGGAAAAAAGCAAUAGCUUACAGGCAAUAUGUGUAAAAAUAAAAACGAUCAUUAUUUAUAAUGCAAUAGCAAAAAAGCAAGGCCUUAAUAUGAAAUGUUCAAUUGUAUGAACUGUACAAAAAAUACAAAUAUGCACCAUAUUC